UUGAGGCAGAGAUUUUGAGUGUGGAGUGAAACAGAGCAAACAACACAAUGCGUAGGUUGAUUCCCCUUUCUUCUUCAACUCGACUUCGCCUCUUUCUAACCCAACAACGCUAUCAUUCCACACAAAACGCACCAUCUCACACUCCAGUUCCUGAAGAUCCCAUCCAUGUCGACACCACCACCGUUCGCGAAACCCUCAUCUCCUUCAACAACGACUGGAACCGCGCCCUCGAGUUUUUCAACUGGGUCGAGACCCAACACCAUUUCCUCCACACCACAGAAACCUUCAACCUCACCAUCGACAUCCUCGGGAAAUUCUUCGAGUUUUCCCAAUGUUGGAACCUCAUUCACCGCAUGCGGAACCACCCUUCUUCCUCCCCUGACCACACCACGUUCCGUGUCAUGUUCAAGCGCUAUGUCUCCGCUCACGAAGUCAAUGAAGCCAUUCGCACCUAUGAGCGACUCAGCGAGUUUAACUUGAAGGAUGACACCUCCUUCUCCAACCUAAUCGAUGCUCUCUGUGAGUACAAGCAUGUUCUCGAGGCGCAGGAUUUGAUUUUCGGCGAAAACAAGACAUGGGGUCAUGGGGUGGUGGGAGUGGGGACGACGAAGAUCUACAACAUGGUUCUUCGUGGGUGGUUCAAGUUGGGGUGGUGGAAGAAAUGCAAUGAGUUUUGGGAGGAGAUGGAUAAGAAAGGGGUUGAGAAGGAUCUUCAUUCUUAUUCAAUUUACAUGGAUAUUUUGAGCAAAGGGGGGAAGCCAUGGAAGACUGUGAAGCUUUUUAAGGAGGUGCAGAGAAAAGGUAUUAAAUUGGAUGUUGUUGCCUAUAACAUUUUCAUUAGAGCCAUUGGUCAAUCUCAAGGGGUUGAUUUCGCGAUCAGGGCCUUCCGUGAAAUGAAGGAAUCAGGAAUCAACCCUACUGUUGUCACUUACAAUACUAUCAUUAGGCUUUUGUGUGAUAGCUAUAGAAUUAAGGAGGCACUUGCAUUGCUUCGUACUAUGCGUGAUGAUAAUUGCCAGCCUAAUGCUGUUUCUUAUCAUUGCUUUUUUGCUUGCCUGGAGAAGCCUAAUCAGAUAAUUGACUUGUUUGAUAGAAUGGUUGAAAGUGGAGUUCGUCCUCGUAUGGACACCUAUGUCAUGCUGUUGAGCAAGUUUGGGAGGUGGGGAUUUCUGAGGCCGGUCUUUGUAGUGUGGGAUCAAAUGAAAAAAUUUGGAUGUAGUCCAGAUGCAGAUGCUUACAAUGCGUUGAUAGGUGCUCUUGUGGAAAAGGGCCAGAUAGAUCUGGCAAGGAAGUAUGAUGAAGAGAUGUUGCUCAAAGGACUUUCACCUAAGCCUAGGAAAGAGUUGGGGACAAAGCUUCUAGGAGGAGAACCUACUGAUGAAUAACUCUUAUGCAAGCAUACAGAUACACAAGUGUAAUACAUUCAGAGGAUAUUGAAGUUCAGCGGCUUUAAACAUUGGAAGCAUGUGAGCGGUGUUAUAGUGUGUUUCAUUCUGUGGUAGGAAUAGGAACCCCAUAAUCACUUUUUGGGAGAAGCUACAAAGUGUAGCUUCUGGAGUUAUUACAUGUAGAUAACAUUACCCAUCAAUAUCAAGAAAUUUUGGCAUGACAUAACCACUUUUUGAAUUCUAACACACUUUUUUUCUUGUUCCCUCCUUAUUUUAACCUCAUUGCUCUUGUUCUUUUUGCUUUCCUCAUGCAGAUCGGAAUUAUCUGACCAUCCCCUAUAGCAAUUGUGGUCACUGUAUUGAUAUUAGGAAGCUACCUUCCCCUUCACAUCUGGAGGCAUUAUGAUAUUUCUUAACCUCAAACUCAGCUCAUCUCUUCCCCUUACAAUUUAUUUCCUCAUAGUGGACCUUGUUUCGCAAUUCUGUCUAGGCUUGAACAGGUUGGGAAAGUGUCCAAUCUUUGUGGCAAUAUGUAGCCUUGUUUCUUCAUCUGUAUCUAUAACAUGUCACGAUGGGCUUGAGGGGCUUCAGUCAGUUCUCUGCACAUUUGGUUCUCCGUCUGGCUGGGCUGUCAAGUACCUUUGACUUGCACCCAUAUGCACAUAGGGGUCCAAGGGUGAUUGCUGGUCUCCCACAACAUUUUUCAUCUCAGAAGUCAUAGUCAUGUCACGGUGGCUUCUCUGAUGCUUAUCUUUACAGUUGUUGGCUCCAGUAAGUAUAUUGAGUUCUACACUGGAAGACGAAUAUUACUUUAGAGCAAAGAAUGCUUUCGGCUCAGAAUAUGGUUUUAAUUAUUCAUUGUGGUAAUGGGAAUUUUCGGCUGGAAAUUGAUUGUUUUUACUUAGGUUGCUGAGAACAAAUAAGUAUAAAUGGUGAAGAUUUGCUACAUUGGAGCUGGGUACGUUGGUGGCCCAACCAUGGCUGUGAUUGCUGGAACAGAGACCUCUUGCUGAUUUAUGAGCCAGGCCUUGAUGAUAUGGUGAAGCAGUGCAGGGGAAAGAACUUCCUCAGCUCUGCUCUGAUGUGGAGAAACAUGUUGCUGAGGCUGACAUUAUCUUUGUCUGAUUGAGCACCACAACAAAAACUCAGGGGCUUGGAGCUGGCAAAGCAGCUGAUCUGACUUAAUAGGAGAGUGCUGCUAGGACGAUUGCUGAUGUUUCAAAAUCUGACAAGAUUAUGGUUGAGAAAUCCACUGUGCCUGUGAACAUAACAAAAGAGAACCCUGGUGAUUUGAGGCCUUAUUGUUAUAGGGUUAUGAUUUAUAGCUUGGUUGAUAAGAAUGAUGAGGCUAAGGUGCAGUUUGUAAGGUGCAGGGAGUUGUGAGUUGUGACCCAAGAAGAUGGUUGUGAUCCACGCAGAUAUAUGGUAAGAGAUUUGAAGACUUGAGGUUCUUCAUUGAGCCACUCAUGAGAAAAAUCAUUCCUCUACCAAGUCUUCACAGGGUACCUGCAAAGAAGUUUGACUCUCCAAAUCAUAAAGGUUAUUGCAUCUACAUUCAAAUAAUUCCGGAUGAUAUCCUGCGCAUAGAGAAUGCCAUUAGGCCUCUCAGUAGAUCUCAACCUGCUGAACCAGGACAUCUUGAGAGAUGGGAAGUUCCUUCUGAUAUGAGGAACCCUCCAAAUGCUGAAAAUGUAAUCAUUCAAGAUGAUCUUUUACUUGACGGGGCUGUUCAGAAAUGACCAGACGACUUUGACCCUAUUGUGUUAGAUCGCUUAUCUCCAAGAAUUGCCAACGUUCAAGCUGACCACACAAGCCUGAGAUCUAGCGCCAUUGAUACUCUUAAUAACUUGUCUAAGUCACUUAAUGAGAAGCUAAAUCAAGAAAUGAGUGUUCCUUAGAAGAUAUGCUCUCUACCCCCAGUGCCCUAGCUUUUGCUCAUGACAAAUGGGAGAGGUAAGAAAUGAAGAAUUUGCUGGUGACACAAGUGGUCAAGCUUAAGUGUUUGCUAAACAAGUUGUAGAUGAAGAAGAAAAGAAAGGAGAAGUUGAAAAAGAGAAGAAGGAUGAGGAAGAAAACAAUGAAGAAGAGAAGAAGGGAGAAGAGCAUGUGAAGCAAGAUGCUGAAAAAGAAAGACUUCUGACUCAGGGGGAGCAGAAAAUCAAGAAGUCUGAAUUAGGAAAAGAGAAUAGGAAUUUUGAAGAAGAAUUACCAUUCUUUUGUUUCUACCCUAUCUUUGAGCCAAACUUGUUUCUUUUGACCAAUUUCCUACCGUAACAAACAUGAUGAUUCAGAAUGACAAUUUUUUUUAAGUCUGUUUUACUUCUUAUAAUCUAUCUCAUUUCUUAAAUCUGAAUACUCUAAUAACUUAUCUCAUAAUAUUUUCUCUAAUAAAUUG